UGCAGUCUUAAGUGAAAAUUGUGAACUGGUCCUGUGAAACCUCUUUUCUGUAAAAACACCAGAGUAAUGCAUCUGUUAUUUUAAAAAUCCCAACCAACGGAAAUUUCAAAGUGUAUAUACAAUUUAUUACUUGUUGUAAUUUCAACUUUGCUCGUCGUUAUAGUUAGUCGCUGGUCUGUCGUCUCAAGUCUCAAGAGUACGGACACACAAUUUUAGCGCCACAACAUCCCGAUACUCACGUGACACCCCAAGAGCUUUUGCCGUUCGGCGGCUAGAGAGCAAGACUUCGGAGAUGGAACCGUCACACCUGCAACCUCAACAAACCACGACUCCCCCAGCCACCACGAGCAGGAAGGAGCCAUGUUUACCUCUUCCGUGCGGCGGGCAGCCUUUGCUGCUCAGCCAUCUCCCAUCGCUGCCUCCCUCGCCACCUCCGUCCCACGAGCCGUGUCGACGCAGAGCCUCUCGUGCCAGCCCCUACAACGCCGCUACUCCUCCUCCAAGCCGUCCAGACCGGCAGAUGGCUCAAAGGGCGUCGCGGAGGGCUCUGUCCCCGCUACCCCGGCACAGACUCGCUCGGAGGGCGCGAAGAAGAAGACUCAGCGCACCCGCAAGGCUAAGGGCGCUGCGGCUCACACCGUGAAGGGGCGCGAUGAGGCCUUUGACAACUUGCCCAGUGUGCCUAGCACUCACCACCUCCAAGUGAAAGGUUCGCCACCUCCCAUCCCACUUCACACCCCCCAGCUCGAAUGCCAAAGCUAACCUCUUACCCCCCAGACAUCGCAGCCUCAACCUUCUUCUCCCUCCACCGCCCCAUCUCCGUCACCUCCCCCUUCCCCAAACCC